AUGUCUCACUGUUCUAUCAACGAUACCGAUAUAAGUUGGUUGUAUGUAGAUACAGCUUAUGAAGACCUCAAAAAUGGAACUCACAAUGUGAAAACCUCUGAGGAUACCUUCAUCUGUCCAUACUGCCCUCACAGAAAACAGGAUAAUUCAUACAGGGAACUCCUAGAACAUGCUUUUAUGGUGGAUAGGACUAGUUCCGAAAAGAUAAGUGCCAGAGAGAGGGCUAAUCAUCUUGCUUUGUUGAAAUAUUUGGAAAAGGAUAUUGUUAAUGUUAGCAUGCCUGGAUCGUCAAAACCCGUCGAAAAAGAUACUAAUUCAAGCGAAUCUGAAAUAAGUUGGUUGUAUGUAGAUAAAUUUUAUGAAGAGCUCAAGAGGGGAAGUUUCAAAGUGAGAAUCUCAGACGAGACUUUCGCUUGUCCAUACUGCCCGAAAAUGAAAAGACCGGGCUAUCUGUACAGGGAACUCUUUCAACAUGCUUCCGGAGUCAGUCAGAUUAGUUCGCAAAAGAUAAGUGUCAAAAAGAAGGCAACUCAUCUGGCUUUAAUGAAAUAUUUGAAAAAUGAUAUAAUUCUGAAUGUGACUGCUCCAUCAAAACCUGUGAAUGAAGCAAUUAUGACUAUGAAUGUGGAACAUCCAACAGAAUCAGCAAAUGGAGGCAUUCUUGUCGAUUCCGAAAAGAAGUUUGUGUGGCCGUGGACUGGGAUUGUGGUUAACAUUCCGACGAGACUGACAGAAGAUGGACGAUGUGUUGGUGAAAGUAGUUCCAAGUUAAGGGAUGAAUAUCGAAUCCGGGGCUUUAAUCCGACUAGAGUCCGCCCACUCUGGAAUUCCUCGGAUCACACCGGAGCUGCAGUCGUGGAAUUCGAUAAAAGUUGGCUCGGGUUAUAUAAUGCAUUGGCAUUUGAAAGGGCUUAUGAAUUAGAUCAUCAUGGGAAAAAGGACUGGCUUUCUCAUACAGAACAGAAAUCUGGUCUCUACGCGUGGCUUGCCCGAGCAGAUGACUAUCAAAUGAACGAUACAAUCGGGGAACAACUACAGAAGAUGGAUGUUAAGACAAUACCUGAAAUCAUGGAACAUGAUGAUAGAAUGUUCAAUAAACUUGUGUCUAGUUUGAAUGACACUCUUGAGGUAAAGAAAAACAAGAUACAAGAAAUGGAAGUAGAAUGCGAUGAAAUUACACUUCGCAUGGACGUUGUAACAGGCGAAAUAGACAGACUCUCUCAAUCUCAUUGCGAAGAGAUGAACAAAAUAGAGUCAAGUGCAACUCAACACUUUCAGAGUGUUUUGAAUGGUCAUGAACUACUAAAGUUGCAACUGGAAUCUCAGAAAAGAGAAAUUGAGUUGCGAAGAAUUGAACUGCAAAAUUGUGAGGCGAAUAAUGGAAGUGAAAGAAAAAAGUUGGAAGAAGAGAUUAACGAGACUUCAACGAAAAAUCGCUUUCUUGAAAUGGCUGCAAUGGAGCAACAGAAAGCUAGUGAAAAUGUUUUAAAACUCGCCGCAGAUCAAAAGCGGCAAAAAGAACAACUCCAUGCAAAAAUCAUCGAGCUUGAAAAACAACUAAAUGUGAAACAAAAACUGGAAUUGGAGAUUCAACAACUAAAAGGAAAGUUAAAUGUCAUGAAGCACAUGAAAAAUGAUGUAGACUUUGAUGUUCCAGAUAAGAUGUAUGCUUUACACAGAGAUUUAACAGAGAAGGAACGGUUGCUCCGAGCCAUGAACGCAUUGAACCAAACACUGAUCGUUAAAGAGCGAAAGAGCAAUGAUGAAUUGCAGGAAGCUCGAAAGGAAUUGAUUACUACCAUUCAAGAGAUGCCGAGCCGUGGCAAUAUUGGGGUGAAGAGAAUGGGGGAGAUUGAUAACAGACCAUUUCUGGAAGUUAUGAGGAAGAAAUUUAACACGAAUGAUGCAGAAGAUAGAGCUUCGAAACUGUGUUCGUUAUGGGAAGAGCAUCUGAAGGACCCUGACUGGCAUCCAUUUAAAAUUGUUAUAAUUCAAGGGAAACAUCAGGAAGUUAUUGAUAAUGAAGAUGAAAAGCUGAAAGAACUUAAGAACGAGAUGGGGGAGGAAGUCCACGGAGCUGUGGUGGCAGCAUUGAAAGAGAUAAAUGAAUAUAAUCCGAGUGGGCGGUAUGUAACCUCGGAGUUAUGGAAUUAUGCAGAGGGAAAGAAAGCAACUUUGAGAGAAGGAGUCAAAGUUUUAUUGAAAGAAUGGAAAUUAAAAAGACGAAAAAAGGGAAGGAGAAUGUAA